AUGUCAUCAACUACCAAACCGACUAUCGUUCUCGUGCACGGCGCAUGGCAUGGCUCGUGGUGCUGGAGGUUCCAAAUCCCCGCCCUCGAGGCUCUCGGCUAUGUUGUGGAGGCCGUGGACCUACCGUGCGUCAGCGGGGUGGUAGGUACGACGCAGUUCGACGACGCGGCCCUCGUACGGUCCGUUGUGGAAGCGCAGCUAUCUAUGGGUAAGCGCGUCGUCGUCCUAGCGCAUUCCUACGGAGGACCAAUUGCGAGUGCGGCCAUCGAGGGGCUGGCCGACAAAGGCGUCCUAGGGAUGGUCGCUCUAUGUGCCUAUAUCUUCCCUGGAGGCAUGGACCAAGGCGCGGUCAUUCGCGACAUGGGCGGCCUACCCUUCGUGACGUGGGACGUGCCGAGCGAAGGACUCUUCCUCCCCAAAGAUCCGCGCAACUUGUUUUUCGCUCCGGAUGUGCCUGCAGACCGAAUCGACUGGGCACUCCCGCAGCUUCGCCCUCAGAGCAUGGCCGCCAAUAUGGGCAUUGUGCCGCCGCAAGCCUGGCAGGACGACUCCUAUAGUGGGAGAUUAGGCUAUAUUAGGUGCACGGCCGAUGCUGGCAUCCUCCCAAUCGAACAGCAGGACGGCAUGGUGGCGGGCGCAGGUGGCCAGGAAAAGUGGCUAAUUCGCACACUCGAAGGAUCCGGCCAUAGCCCCUUCCUUUCGCGGCCGCAGGAGGUCGCGGCUGCAGUUCAGGAGAUCGUCAAUGAUUUUGAAGCCAAGCUCCGCUAG